UCCUGGAAACGCAGGGAAACUCGGCGGCCCAGAAUCUGAAAUUUGAUAACAACGUUUUUGUUUUUAUCGGCGGCAGCAGCAGCAACACGCGGUCAGGCCGACAUGCCACUGCACGUGACCGACUUCACGUGGACCCAGACGGACUCCACGGUCCACAUCAGCGUCCCCUUAAAGGGAGCGACGGCGGCUGGAGUGGACAUCGUGUCGACCGAGGAAUACCUAAAGGUCCAUUUUCCUCCCUUCCUGUUUGAGGCCUUCCUGUUCGAACCCGUCGAUGAUGACCGAAGUUCGGCGAAAGUCGGAAACGGCGUCGCUGUUUUCACUUUACCAAAAAAGACUCACAAAGUCUGGGAGCAUCUGAUGAUAACCACAGAUGAUAAAGAAACAAAGAAGGCGAUCAGAGAGAGAGCUUUACUGACACAGGAGCAGAAACUUUCUGCAGAGUUGAAACAAAAAGCUGAGAAACGGCAAGCAGAGAAGAAAUAUGCUCUGGAGACGAUGAUGAAGCUGGAAAAGGAGGAAAGAGACAGAAUCCAGCAGAUGAAGGACGCAGAGCGAGAGAAAACGACGGCAGAGCUGGCAGCGUGGCAGCUGAGGCAGAAACAGGAAGCAGAGAAACAGAACCAGAACCGUCAGAUCCAACAGAACCCAAAGACACCUGGAGACAGACAAACAGAUAUCAGGAAGAACAAACAAGUUCACAGCGAUGCAGAGAAGAAGAAGAAGAUCCGAGCCCAGCUGCCUCCUCCCAGAACCUGCGGAAACAUUCCAGUUACGUUCACGCCUCGAGUUUUCCCGACAGCGCUCCGAGAGUCCCGGGUUCCCGAAGAGGAAGAGUGGCUGAAGAAGCAGGCGGAGGCGAGGCGAGCGAUGAGUGCGGAGCUGGAGGAGCUGGAGGACCUGACGGAGGAGGAGAGGAACCCCGACUGGCUGAAGCAGAAGGGCGACAAGUGUUUCUCGAACGGAGACUACGUGGGGGCGGUGAACGCGUACACUCUGGGGAUCCGCCUCAACAGGAAGCUGCCUGCUCUCUACUCAAACAGGGCGGCGUGUCACCUGAAGCUCAGGAAUCUGCACAAAGCCGUCGAGGACUCCUCCAAGGCUCUGGACCUGUUGACCCCGGCCGUUUCUGCCAACGCUGCAGCCAGAGUCCGAGCCAGAGUUCGCCGAGGAUCCGCAUUCUGCCAGCUGGAGCUCUUCGCUGAAGGACUACAAGACUAUGAAGCAGCUCUGAAGAUCGAGCCCCACAACGAGGCUCUGCAGAGGGACGCCCAGAUAAUCCGAGACGUAAUCCAAGGUUCUGCUGGACCAAAUGGGACGCAGUGAGACACAAAGACACGAGACAACCUCACCUGGAACAGAGAGACACAAAAUCCCUGGUUUAGCGCAAUGAGUGAGUUUGUUUCUGGUCCUGGUGCGCCCUCAUGUGGCGAACAUCAUCAAUUACAUCCUCGGGCAAAACAUCUGGAUCAAACUGCUCAGUGAAACUACAUCAUCAUUUUGGACAUUUUUGUUUCUGCACAACCUUCUUCUACUCUGAUACUUCAGUUUGGACUUUGACUAUGCCAUUGCAUCACUGUGGUUGUUUUCUGUGUGUCUGUUGCUGUGUUUUAGUAUCAUUGUCUCAGAUCAUCUUAUCUGCAAAACAUAAAUCAUCAGGCCUCCUUCUCCUAAAUGCUGAUGAGGUUUUGGUUCUAACAUGAUACGUUUGGUUUUCAGCCGCUGGUCAUCCGUUAGCAGAACUGUUGAUAGAAAAACAAAGAUGGCGGCUGUUUAAAGAACAUGAAGCAAAAAAAGCAAAUAUGAAUUUGAGGUCAGUGGUGGGUUAAUGCACUAAACGAAGUGACGUUUUAACAGACGGUUCUUAUGAAUAUCUUUAUUAACGUGGAAGUGUUUAACAUUUUAUUGCUGCUUCUUUUAUUUCUCUAUUUAUCCACAUAUUUCUGUUAUA